AAGCCACCGUCACGGCAUCCAUCGCACCCUCAUCUCUUGACUGCAACUAUGCCCCGAUCGCCGUCCCCAAAUAACCGACGAGAUAGAUCUUCAUAUCGUGAUUUAGAUAUGCCUGACUCAAGGUCUCCUCCUCCACCUUCACGAAGACGCCGACGCUCUCGAUCAACCGAGCGUGGAUAUAAUGACGCUGGCCGAUCAUCACAUAGGAGUAGAUCGCCGCGUAAAUUCAGCCGUGAACGUCAACGUGAUAGAGGUUCACCAGAUAGAAGAGAUACUCUAGACGGGACUCAAGGUCACGGUCAAGGUCACCAGUGAGAAGGGAUAGGGAUGGUGACAGAUCGAGGAGAAGGCGCGAUGACAGCAAUGACAAUUACGAUGGCCGACGUCGCCGAGAAAAGACACCAGAAGAUGUGCAACAGGAGUCACAAGAUGCUCAGCCCACUGUGAACGAGGACGACGAUCCAGAGACACAAAUGAUGAAAUUAAUGGGAUUCGGGGGCUUCGAUUCAACAAAGGGCAAACAUGUUGCGGGCGCAGAUAUGUCUGGCGCCAACGUAAAGAAGCAGCCGAAAUACCGCCAAUACAUGAAUCGUCGUGGUGGUUUCAACAGACCAUUAGACAAAGUGUAAUCUCAAAUUUUCAAUACCAAAAAUAAUAUAAAACCAAUGUUGAAUAUGU